AUGACAUCCCCUACCCCCAACGCGACCCUUCUAGACAGCCUCAAGUCCCCCCGGAGCGCCUCUUCGCAGCAAAUAUACUCGCCCUCUAUCCGUUCCGCACGGCUCUCAGAAGAAUCUGAUGAUUCUUUACGCGACUUAGAGCUCUCUGAAGGGCCUCUAUUGGCGGAGACUGCACGGCCAUAUCGUGGACGGUCCUACUCCAUGUCCGGUUUUGACUUUCAGCACGACCUCUUGCCGCUUAGUGCGAGUCUAAGCGAGCCAGAUGAAGUCCAUCUCGAGUCGGGCGAAAAGCGUUUGGGAUUAGUCAAUGGCAUUGCCCUCAUCGUAGGUCUGCAGAUUGGCUCUGGCAUCUUCUCCUCGCCAGGUGUGGUGGUUGCGAACGUGCAUAGCGUCGGUGCUAGUCUCCUGGUAUGGCUUGCGGCAGGCGUCCUCGGGUGGACAGGCGCGAGCAGUUUCGCGGAGCUGGGCUCCUCUAUACCCGUCAAUGGGGGUGCGCAAGCGUACCUCCAGUACUCCUACGGUCCCCUCGUAUCUUAUCUAUUUGCGUGGACAGCUAUAUCCGCCCUCAAGCCAGCAGGGGGUAAUGCCGUGAUCAGCUUAAUUUUCGCAGAAUACCUUAACCGCCUCUUUUGGCAUACCACCCGAGACGAGAUCUCGCCGGAUGACAUUCCCCAAUGGUCAAUCAAGAUUACUGCGGUUGUAGCAGUUCUGCUAGUAUCUGUACUUUGUGUGGCUACACCCACGCUCGGCACACGAGCAGCAGUUGUUUUCACGACCGUCAAGGUUUCAAUUACUGUGAUUGGUCUCGUGCAGCUGGCAAGAGGUCAUGCUUCCUCGUCAUUCUCCGAGCCACUAUUCGAAAACACAAGCACGAGCCCCUCAACGUACGCGUUGGCUCUUUACUCAGGUCUCUGGGCAUUUGAUGGCUGGGAUCAAGCCAACUACGUCGGGGGAGAGAUGAAAAAUCCUGAGAAAAGUAUUCCUCGUGCGAUUCAUUCAAGCAUGGCGAUUGUUAUGUUCUUGUUCAUUCUAGCAAACGUAGCCUACUUUGCAGUUCUGGACAGGGCGACCGUCGGUCUCAGCAACACUGUGGCCAUAGACUUCGGUCGUGCGGUCUUUGGUCCCGUGGGUGGUGCCGUUUUCGCUGCGAUGGUUGCAUUCUCAUGCUUUGGUGCAUUGAAUGGAUCAUUCUUCACGUCGGCACGGUUGAUUUAUGUGGCCGGCAAGGAGGGAUACUUGCCCGCGCUGUUUGGGCGGCACAACUCCAGGCUGAAAACUCCCUUGAAUGCGAUGUGCCUGCAGGCAACACUGACCAUCGCAUUUAUUCUUGUUGGGGGCGGCUUCCGCUCGUUAAUCAACUUCGCCGUAGUUGCUUCUUGGGCAUUUUACUUCCUGACUGUUCUCGGCCUCGUCAUACUACGUGUGAAGGAGCCAACGCUAGAGCGGCCAUACAAGACGUGGAUCAUUACCCCUCUUGUAUUCUGUGCAGUGUGCCUUUUCCUCCUAUGCAUGCCCAUCAUCGCUGCGCCGCUCGAAGCCAUGGCUGUAUUAGGCUUUGUGCUCGUAGGUGUCCCUAUAUACUACAUUACACAACGAAACCAAGGAGCACCUACAGGAGUGCAAGGUUUCUUCGCGAACAUGUUUGCAAGCAUCCGCGGUAGGCCCACGCCGGGCACUGGCUGGCAGGCAGUAGCGACCGAGGGCGACGAGCACCUUGAGAUGCGUACACCUGUUCGAUGA